AUGAGUUCGGGGCUCGAUUCACACGCAGCCUUUAAGGCACGCGCUUUGGAGAUAGGCCUUAGUCAAGAUGUGAUAGAACUCUUGAAAGCCGGCGGUGUCACUUCGUUUGGUUCAUAUGCAUUCGUGACGUCCUAUCAACCAGGGCAGCCAGAUGAGACGCCACUGAUCGAAGCUUUGACCAAGGUGAUGCAUCGUGCACCGUCCACCGAGGAAACCAUCCCGCUAAGGCGCCUUUUCUUCGAGAGCUGCACCUUGGCCAUUAGCGAUUUGAAACAGAGGACUGAAAGGGAUGAAACCGCUGAGCCGUCUCGUAUGCCAGUUGCCGAGCGGAAUGCACGGCUACAGGAACAGCAAAAUCGUUUGAAAGGCAUUCACUUCAGCCCAGAGACCGAACCGAGUCACAAGCUUGUUGAUCUGGUCUGUCAGAUGAGCACGGACCAGACCUUAGAAUGGAUUCCAUGGGAAAAGCUGACAAGUCGUGCUAGUGAAGUGACGCAUACACAGAAAGACCUUAAGCUUGCCUUUGAUGCCACAGGUUCGUUGAAAGUAGCCCACAAGGACCAGACACCCGAUGCGGCCGUGACUGGAGAGCUCAAGGUGAGGCAGGCUUUGAAUCGUAGGUCAAGAGCUUUCGAUUUAGCAAAACUGUGUUCUUUUACCCGGAUGGAAGAGUGGCAUGAGCGAGUGUUUGAAGUCUUGCAGAAGGAACCAGCAGCAAACGCUAUGCCUGUCACAUUGCAACAAGUGCGAGAAGCCGACAAGACACUUUUCAAGAAGCUGUCCGAGAAGACACGAGGACGCCUCACUCAGGCACCAGACGGCACCAAACCGAUGGACACCUUCUUAGACGCAUGCAUGGACAGUGCUGAGGCAAUACAUGUGGCACUGCCUUGCGGCACCGGCAGCCGCGCCCGCGAGAAGCCAAUACCGAAACACCUUCGGCAGCAGGGG